UGCAAAAGUUUUAGAAGCGCUACAGAAGGAGCAGAAGUUCGAUCACAUAGUAGCAGGUGCAUCGACGUUCAGCCGCGAUGUGCUUCCACGUGUGGGUGCCUUGUUCGAUGCGUCGCCAAUCAGUGAUGUGAUUGCCAUCCACAGUGCUGACACGUUCAGCAGGCCGAUGUAUGCUGGUAAUGCCAUUUGCAAGGUGAAAACCACGGCUACGCUCAAAAUUUUGACUUUCCGUGCAACAGCCUUUCAGCCAGCGAAAUCAUCCGGUGGAAGCGGCACAAUUGAAAAGGCUCCGGAAGCAGCCCUGUUUUUCGAUGGCGUGGAAUUUUUGUCCCAGGAAUUGCACAAAUCAGAAAGGCCAGAUUUGCAAAGCGCAAAAGUGGUGGUUUCGGGAGGUCGUGGUCUUGGUUCUGCGGAUAAUUUCAAAAUGGUCUAUGAACUGGCUGAUAAGCUAAAGGCGGCGGUGGGUGCUUCGCGUGCUGCAGUUGACGCUGGCUAUGUACCUAAUGAUUUACAAGUUGGACAGACCGGCAAAGUUGUUGCACCGGUAAAUUUUCCCGCAUUUUCAUUUAAAAUUCUGAAUUUUUUACUAGUAACUGAUGUCUCUUUCACAUAUCUGCGGAGAUUAAAAUCUGAUUCUUAUCCAGUCCAGUCUUUUCUACUGACAUCGAUAUGAAU